UUUGAUGGAAUUAUUUAAAUGUGUCUUAAGACUAACAAUAUAAAUAUGUUUCCUCCGAUAAUGGGAAGUUACUUCUUUUUCACUAGCCAAGACUCGUCGUAUCUUGUAUAUCGAACAAGGAUGCAUUUUAGAAUGUGAUGACACGUCUAAUAUAACUUAUAGUUAGUUGUAUACAUUAACGAGUCGCUAAACUGUCUAAAUACUUUAAAGGAUAACCUAAACAAAUAGCGGAAUGCCAGAAGGGCUAAAAAAUAAAGCACAAAAUAAUAAGAAACCGGAACAAGAAUCACCAACAUGUUGCAGCACAAUGAUCCAAAGCUGUCCAUAACUUCGAUACCUAUCGAUAUCCACGAUAUUCAAUGUCAGAAGAAAGAGCAGACCAUUAAUAGAACGUCAACAAACCGUAAUCGAAAUCAGACGAUGAAUAAUCAACAACAGCAACCAGCUAUGCAUAGAAAAUCGAUAAGUAAAAGCAAGUUUUUACAAUCACAGCAUUCAAAAAAAGAAAACAAAUGUGAGAAAUCGAAACUACUGAAAACAUCGGAAAGUUUGCCAGUCACAGAAAGAUUAAACCCACGCAAUAGCCAUAAUAGAGUUCCAAAACUUUCAUUAUCAGUUGUGAGAUGUAAAAAAAUUAUGAUUCCAUUACCCACUUUGGGGACCACAUCCCUUGUAACUCUGCUCGCAUUAAUUUGUAUGGAAACGGUAUUACUUUCAACCAUGUCCAGCUGCGCCAAAACAUUUUAUAUGCAUUGGAAUACAUCAAACAGCAUAUUUCGUAUUGAUAACACCGAUCAUAUAAUCGACGUAAACAAAGGCAAUUUGGCAUUUGAAUUCGAUCAGGUGCACAUUAUUUGUCCCGUUUAUGAGCCCGGAACAUUUGAGAAUGAAACAGAGAAAUAUAUAAUAUACAAUGUAUCAAAGGUGGAAUAUGAAACAUGCCGAAUAACGAAUGCCGAUCCGCGUGUAAUAGCAAUAUGUGAUAAACCUCAAAAGUUAAUGUUUUUUACAAUAACUUUCCGGCCAUUUACACCGCAACCAGGUGGUUUGGAGUUCCUACCUGGAAAUGAUUAUUACUUCAUUUCAACGUCAUCAAAGGAUGAUUUAUAUCGUCGAAUUGGCGGUAGAUGCUCGACAAAUAAUAUGAAAGUUGUCUUUAAAGUAUGUUGUGCGGCGAAUGAAGAUAAAAAUAAAACUAUCUCUGCCGCAACAUCCUCUGUCGAAGUUGCGGGAACAGGAUCUGGAGCAGAUAAUGCUGGAAACAGUGUUAAUAUCGCAGCCAAUAAUGAUGAGAGUCACCAUGGCCACGGCAUGGUCCACGGCAAUAACAUAGCUAUGGGUAGCUCUGGGGGCCUAAUGCCCGCUGGAAAUCCCAUCAAUCCGACAGGCAUUGGCAUAGCCGCUACUAUUAAUUCCAAUACUGAUCAGUUUAAUCGGAUUCCCAUACAACAACCAAAUAUUAUUGGUAACAAUGUGGGCCCUGGUGGAAUUAUAUUAACAUCUGGCAACUCUAAUCACGGUCAUGGCAGCAUCAAUAUGCUGCAACCAGGACGUGGUGGCAUUAAUAUUGCUUAUCCCGGACAACAUCAUCAUAUUCAAACGGGUAUUCGUAUAAAUAAUGUGCCAACGCAGCAUAACAAUAACUAUCCUUCGCACAAUAAGGGUAUUAUUAACAGCAAUGGAAACAACAAUGAUGAUCACAAUCAUUACAACAAACAGCAUCCCAACGAAGUUGUUAAAAAUGAAGAGCUAACCUACAAUAGUGGCGGCUCCUGUCUGUCUCUUUGGAUCAACUCUACGCUAGUAUGGAGUAUUGUAGCCGUCCUUGGCAUUAACUAUAUGGUUGAGACAACAAUUGCCAGGCCAGCAUGCUCUGCUAAGGACAUGAAAUAUGAACGGUGAAUUCUGUAUUUUUUUUUGUUAGACCUUCAACGUCACUCAAUCAAUAUCUUUUCUCCAAACUCUCUAUUCAUCGUAAUAGAAAGGAAUUAAUAUUAAUAUUGGAAAGUGAUAAGGACUGGUAAUGGAUUAUAAAAACGAUAUUGAUAUGACUUUGAAAAUAUUUUAUGGUUAAUAUAGAAAAGAAAAUAGAAAAGGAGAAAGGUGAAAAUAGAUUUCAUAAGUAAAUAAAUUAAACAUAUAUCACAAGA